CAUCACGCCGGGACCGUGUAGCACGAGAUCCUCGCAGUGUCGAAUCCCGCCGGUCGUCUCGUUGUUCUUUUCCGUAAUCGUUGUCGACUUCCUUCAAUCGUCACCCUCGAACGCACGCACUACCGAGUACACGCGUGUGCAUCAACCGUUUCCGGUUUCCCCAAAACUGUGCGCGACACGAACAAACAUUUCGAUUCUCUCGCUCGAUUUUUCUGCCUGCCCGACCGACCACGUGACACGCUCUCGUACGUUACGGCACCGUACAAUCGUAAAAGUGUUAGUUCCGUGAGUUUCGUCGCGCGACAAGAACAUUCCGAAGACAAGGUUCACUGUGAAUCGAUCGAUCAUCGUCCUUUUAACCUGUACUUACAAACAGUAGUUGUUCGUCUUUCUCUCGUGGAAAGAGUAAGAAGCGUAGUGAGAGACCGGUGGAUUCAGAUAUCGUACGGAGUGAAGGUUGUCCCGAUCAUGGAGGAGAUGAAUCGUAACGUCGAGAACCGAUUACCAGAACAACAAACGGAAAUGGAGAUUCGUUCUGGGGACGUAACAAAGGACGAGCCGACACCGAGGAAGGAGACGAGCAAAUCCGUCGUCGAUCCCGGCCACGUUCUACCUCUGAUGCAGUGUGGCUCCCUGGAGAUCGGCGAGGAACGCCAGCGUCGGGUCGCUAUGAUGGAGUCCCUGUGCCAGGUGAACGGCACCAAGAGCAACGGCGGCAACGAGAACGCUACGACCAAUAGCAACAACAAUAACAACAACAACAACAACAACAACCCAGACUGCCCGGAUCCUCAGCAGAGGUUGGCGGUGCUGAGUUUCGAGCAAGUGCGACGAUUGAACGAUGUGAUGAACGAGGUGGUGUGCAUUCACGGUAGAGGAAACUUCCCUACGUUGGAGGUGCGAUUAAGGGACCUGGUGACCGUAGUACGGAGCAAAUUGGAGAGCGAUCCGAGCAACGGCGGCGCCGGAAUGAGGGUACGCGAUAUAAGAUUAAACGGAGGCGCGGCAUCUCACGUAUUGGCAACCGAGUCUCAGCCGUACAACGACCUGGACCUGAUAUUCGCCGUGGAAUUAUCGAGCGGGCGAAAUUACGACAAGGUGAAGGCCGCGGUUCUCGGCUCGUUGUUCGACCUGUUGCCAGAAGGGGUCAGCCGCAAACGUAUAACCACGUGCAGCCUGAAAGAGGCGUACGUGAGCAAGAUGGUGAAAGUGAACAACGACGGUGACAGAUGGUCCCUGAUCUCCCUUGGCAAUUCCCGAGGUCACAGGAACGUCGAGCUUAAGUUCGUCGAUUCGAUGAGGCGGCAAUUCGAGUUCUCCGUCGACUCAUUUCAGAUCGUCCUCGAUUCACUAUUGUUGUUCUACGAGUGCAGCAAAUUACCGAUCGGUGAGAAUUUCUAUCCGACCGUCGUAGGGGAGUCGGUUUACGGUGACUUCCAAGAGGCGUUGUAUCAUCUUCACAAGAAACUGAUCUCGACGAGGCAUCCGGAAGAGAUACGCGGCGGCGGUUUGCUCAAGUACUGCAAUCUACUGGUGAAGAUGUACAAACCGUCCCAGCCCGACUACAUAAAGACCCUCGAGCGAUACAUGUGCUCGAGAUUCUUCAUCGACUUUCCCGACAUAAGCCAGCAACGAGCGAAACUCGAGAACUACCUGUGGAACCAUUUCGUCGGUCCCGAGGAGGAAGCCCUCAAGUACCAGUACCUGAUGCUACUCCACAGCGUGGUGGAGGAGUCGACCGUGUGCCUGAUGGGACACGAGAGACGACAGACGUUGGCUCUGAUCGAGAACCUCGCCUAUCAGGUAUUCUGUCAGGAACAACAGCAACGGUUGACGAAUCAUCAACAAGCACCACCCGGACCUCCGGCCACCUACGUUUACGCGAACGGUUACUAUUACGCUCCAGUUAUACCCACCGCGUGCUACACGUGCACCUGUAACUCGUGGAUGGCUUGCUCGUCGUGAUGCGACCUAGACGACAUUGUCGCAACUAGCACAGCCAUCACCACCGCUACGACCACCACCGACCUUCAACGCCACGCUUCCACCAUCCUCGCUAACAAAACCCGGAACCGGAUCGAGUCUACCGCGUUCGUUGGCCAAUAUCAUCAUCAUCCUCGAUCAGGCUACCAUAGAUGCGACCCGGCUGAUCCCGUUGGCUCGUCCCCUCUUGGGGAUCACGAGGACAACGACGACGACGACGACGACGACGUACGUCAUCGCGAGUCAAAGGAACACUGCUUGCUCCUCAGUUGACGGUCGGGGACCACAUCAGGUCGAGCAUCCAAGUGUGUAACGCCUGUCCAGAAUGUGACGUAGACGAGAUAACUCGUCGGAAUUAAUGGGAAUGGAGCCAAUCAGAGAUCGUGGUACAUCCGGUGUCCAUGAGGAGUCGGUGAAACAGGUUUAAGGAAGACUGAAGAAUAGAGGGAAAGAAAAGAAUUAAACGGGACGGAUCGGUUUUCAAUCUAACUUUACCACCUGAUCCGUCCGGUGGGUAGGGUCUUUUCGUUUCUCUUGGACGCGUUUAAAUCCAACUCUGCGGUGGCCGUUUAGUUGUCGCGCGGGGGUAAGGACCAAUUACCGAUGGCACUUGCUGCAACACGGUCGUAGGGGAUCAACCGAGAGACUACAAGACUCCAAAAACAAAAAUCAUAUAUUACAAAAGAAAUGAUUAAAAUGACAAAAAAAAGAAAAAAAAAUGAAAAAUGAAUACAAUUGUAACAAAAAUGUGUUGUGCCUAACGAAAUUCGAACGGAUGGUAGAGAAAGAUAUAAAGAAAAAAAAAAAAAAACGGAACGCAUGCGUACGCGCGAAAAUUAUGAUAUAUAGUUAGUUUACGAGAGGAGACACUCGGUGGUAGUAGAAGAGACGCGCUGUUCUCGGUGCGGGUCGAGGACGGGUGCCGUUUAUUGUUCCCCGAGAAUGAUAGAAAAAGUGUUCUGAGAGUCAGGAGCGCGGAUCGAGCGCUACCUCUUGCCGGCUAAUCCGUUCUCCAAGUCAUUCCGAGCGGAAGCGGAAGUUCGGUUACGAAGCGGGAGCGAGCGUUUAAAAGAAAAUAUAAUAUUGUCGAUGAGUAGAAAACGCCGGCGACGAGGGAGAAAAAUAAAAAAUCGUAGGGCGACUAUUGGAAACACGACUGGAGUUAAAUCACGACUGACAUUUAUAGUAGCGAAAAAAAGGUUCCAUGGUCGUCUGUUUCUUUUUUUCCGUAAUACAAAAAAGUAAAAUACAAAAAAAACGUAUAUAUAUAUAUAUAAAAAAGAAAAAUAUUUCGAAAACGUGUAACUGAGAGAAAAUAAUGGUAGUGGUAACACAGAUUUCAGCAACAACAAAAAAAAAAGUAAUUAAGCGAACCGAUAGACAAAAAACAUUAACGGGCGUGGCGUUUGCAACAAGAAUUAUUAUAAAUAUAUAAAUAUAUAUAUAUAUUUAAAUAUAUAAAUACAUGUAUAAAAUCUAUGUAUAAAUAUUAAUGUGUGGCUGUGAACACAUUUCAUUUAGAUACUACUGUUACGUGAUAUAGGAAGAUUGAAAUUCGAGGAUGAGCGGCGCGAUUGGUGCGACAACGAGAGAAUGAAAAGUAAUUGUACGUAAAGAGAGAGAGAGAGAGAGAGAGAGAGAGAAGUAAGAGCGACAGAAAAGGAACAGAAAAGUGUGGAGGAGAAGAAAUAGGGGGUGAGAGAGACAUUUUCCAUUCGUUUCUUUAAUUUUCAUGAAAAACAAUCAUCACACACGCGAUGCAAAAAUAAAUCAUAGUAGAAUAUUGAAAUAAUAAAUAAAUAUUGUUAAAUAGAUAGAAGAUGAUCCAGGCACAAAGGACAAACGAAAAACACCUCUCGAAGGUGGACAGUUUUUUUAAUAAGGAAAAUUCCUCAGCUGUCUCUUCAGAUUUUAAUAAGCCUUUGCAUUUUAAUAAAUCAGAUCGUUAGGAAUUCCUAUGCAUAAUUUUGGGUGUAGAUGAUUGCUAAUUUAGAAGAUAUUUAGUGAUAAAGUCCAAAUAGGGUUUAUCUAUCAUACUAUGGUAUAAUAUAUCAUAUUAUAAUAGAAUCUUCCAACACUAGUACCAAUAGAGUUUACUUACCAUAUUAUUUAUGAUAUUAUCAUAAUAUCAUAUUAUAAUAGUUCCUUUUGACCCUAGAAAUUACAAAAUUACAUUUUCAUUAUUUUCUAUAUUCAAUCAUUCCUUUAUUGAAAAUCUACAAUCAGAGUAAAUAAAUCUUAUCAAAACUUUAACAUUAGAUAUUUUUUAACUAUUGAUCAUCUAUAUCAAAAAUUACACACAGGUUACAGAAGAUUCUCUAUGACACCAUCUAUUAAGGUGCAAAAGCUCAUUAACCCUUUUCCUGAAAAGAAGGUAUGGAAAAUUAAGGAAUAUUAAAAAAUUUCUAAAAUUGAUCGAACACCCAAGAGCGGACUCCCAAGCGUCCAUAGCCAUCGCUAGCAAUGAAAGGGUUAAAAUCAAAGGGGUGACAUUUGAAUAGACAUAAAUCUUUUUAAUAAAUACCCAAAUCGAGCGAUCUUUGCGGCGAUCCUAGUCUCUCGUAGGCUUGCAUAACUUUCUUUAUUAGAUAGCGGUAAUUAUUUAAUACCGCGAGCGAGAGUGUCGAGUGCGUUUACCCGCGCGCGUGUACACGCGUGUACCAGGCGUAUUGUAUCUCGGUAUACACCGCGAACGGAGGUGGACUGUGUGUAUCUCCCUCGAGCGUCGUUCUUCGUUACACGUACACGUGUGCGCGCGCAUGAAGAAUCAUAGAGAGAAAGGAUGUGUGCAAGUACUCGCGUCUUGUCUUUACACGCGUGUCCGUAUAGACUGGUGACCCCGUUAGUUAGGCACAGUCAGUCACUUUACUCGCUCGCUCGCUACUUUAGCAGGCUUCGCUCGCUCACUCUUCCUUUCAGUUUGCAAGCGAAAGUAAAGGCCUAAUAAAAAGACCACGCAAACUGGUUUUUCUGGUAUAUCGCGUGUUAAUGCUAAGGAGAGCCAGGACGACUAGCGUGUUCUGCACCCGGUGCACCUCCACCAUCCUGCUCAUUCCCUAACUACACCACCACCACCACCACCCUCUUUUUAACCGGCUGAUUUAUCCAUUUCGUUCCCAAAUUAUUUCUAUGAAAAUUAUCUUCUUCUUCUGCUUCUUCUUCUGCUGUUCAAAGAGAUUUUAAUCAUUCCGUUAGCGUGAAUAAUAAAUUUUUAUCUUUUUAAAAUAUUUUAUUUUCAAAAGUAUAGUAUUAAAUACAGCUAUGAUAUAUUUUAUGAUUUUCAAACCUGUUAACCAUUUAUUAUUUUCCAACAAUACCUAUUUUAUCGAUAACCUUUUAAUUAGAGCGCGUGGUUAUGUCACUGAAAGGGGAACGAAAAUGUCAAUCCCUUUGAAUAUAAUACAGAAUUUCGCUUUUCUUCGCCUGGUUUCGCUAAAUUUGUAUUCAGAUUUCCAUAGUCGGCCGCUAAUUACCCCCCACAGCAGUCAACGUGUUAAUUAGUACUAGAAUCAUUGUCCUUUUUUUAAUACAGCUGACAGGAUUACGAUCUAUAUGGUGUUAACCCUUUAACCAAAUAGAUUUAUUGAACUCGUGUUAUUUUAUCAAUGUGUUAUAUCUUUUACAGUCUAUAUAGAAUUUUUUAAUCUUUCUUUCGAAGAAUUUCCUUGAUGGUUGAAGGGUUGAAUCGGAUGGUUUUCAAACAGAUUUCAUCAAUUUUAAUCGUGUCGCUCGCCUCUCUUCGAAUCGAACCUUUUUUUUACGGACGAUGAAUUAAUUUUUAGACGAAAAUAAUAAAUACGAUCGAUGAUGAAAAACCGCUGUGAAUUCGUAGGAUAGCAGGAGGAAAAUGAUAUUUUAUAACGAAAAAGAAUAAUUCAGAGAUAGCCGGUUUUAAUCGCAAGAUACAGAUAUUGUCAUAAAUGUUCGUUCGUCGUUUGUUUAUCGAUGAUCCUUCAUGAUUUUUUGUCGUUCGCUUUGCCUGGAUGAUCGAUCAUCGUGCGAAGAUAAUAACAGACCGGUCGCCAGUUUAUCGCGACUAAUUUCUUGAUCAGAGAUAGAUAAGCCUCGGACUGAUUGAGAUGCUUCUUUGAUAAGAAGAUCGAUCAUUCUCCCUUCGGAUGAUCGUUGUUCUUGAAUCAAAUGAAGCGUUAUUUGAUGACGUCAGGUUCCUUUUGAUCGGUGAAUUCUUCAGGAAUUAUUGAACAGUCGGGGUUGAAAUUAUUUCUCAUUAAUUAUUACAUUAAUUUUUUUAUUUGAAAGUGUGAUCAGAUUAUUUAUGAUACUUUGCAAUUUUUAUUAAUAAACAGUUUUGUGCAUUAAUCGUUAACUGCUAUGGUGAAAUGCAAACGAGAUUUGAAUAAUUGAAAGAAAAAAAUUUAAAUGGCUCUGGUGGGAUAUUAAUUGAAAAAUUCUAAUUAAUGUCAUCUGUCAUUUGAUUGAACGGGGUAUUCCAAGACCCGUCUAUAUAAUUAUAGGUUCUUUUUCUUCAUUUCUCUGAAUUAAUUUCUCUGAUAACUUAGGGGAUGAAAACUAAUCUCAGCCAUUAUCUUAUCAUUAACACGUUGACUGUCACAGUGUAUUAAUCAUCAAUUCACAUCACCUAUGGGAUUAGUUUUAAAUAUCUUCAGAGAAAUGAAUUUCUUAUUACAGCCUCAAAAUCACCUCCUGAAUUGUAAUCAAGGAAAUUAAUUUCACCUCGUUGACGUUCGUUUCUCGCGUUGAAUUCCACAUUCAUUCUCGAAACGUGAAUCUAAUUGAGACACGGCAAUUCGAAAAUUGUAAAAAAAAAAUCGAUAAACGAUCAGAUGAUCGAACGACGAACAAGCAGAAAAAUUUUGCGAAACGACUUAGAUGAACACGAAAAGAGAAGUAGUUGCACACGGAUAAAAAUUGAAGAAAAUGCACAAAAAAAAAAUUAUAGCAGUAGGUUUUUAAGUCGGUGAGCCAAGAUUCAAAGAGGAUUUCGCCAGCUGCGUUCCGUCGCGUGUGUACAAAUUUAUUAUUGUAAUUUUCGCGUCGUUUAAUUGUAAUUAUCGUACGAGAGCAUGAUCGAUGACCGUGAUCAUCGAUCAAUGAACCGCAGGUAAAUCAGAGUCAUGAAAUAAUGAUUUUAAAGAAACAAAAUUGUUGGAAGGUGUUCUCGUUACGAUCAACAAUGACAAAACUGUAAGAUGAUUUCGAAUCGGAUCGUUAACGAGAUCAUCGUUAUUCCUUCUUUAUUAAUUCUGGUUUUUUUCUCUUUUUUGUUGUUUUUCCGUAUUGAUCGCACGAGCAAUCACUCCGAGGCUCGAACGUGAAUAAUAACCAUAAAAAAGAAAAAUUAUGCUCGCCACAGGAAGUUUCUUUUUUUUUUUUUUGUACGAUGAUUCCGCGCGACACUGUACUCGCUCCGAUGAAUGAUUAUAUUGAUUCUUUUUUAUAUUUGAAAGAGAAGAGAAAAUAAAAUGCAUUUACACCCGA